AUUCUUUUCUCCACAGUGGAAUUCAACUUUGUAACACUAAUACAAAAUUCCAAUCUUUAAAUUCGAACCAAAAAAAAAGGAAGAAAAGAACCUCAUAAAGGCUUAAAGUUACCAAUGUUUUACUCUACAUUUGCCUUUACCUUCCUUGAAUACUAGUGCACUAGCUGCUAGCACAUUUUUUUGACCGCCAUAAAUUGUGGGCUUAAAUCAAAAUCAUUGCUGCUUCUACUUUCUUGGGCAAGAAAUUAAGGGUUCUUCAAUCAACAACUCACAUUAUUUGCUGUAAUGUACAUUUAUCUCAUUAUAUGUCCUCAGCUGCUCGAAAUUUAGCUGUAUAUUUGUAUUUUGUAGCUGAAAGAGUAUUUAUUAUUGCUCAGUUGCAUAUACUAAAGUAUUAGUCCUACCCCAUCUGCUUAUUCAUUGUGUAAAUGUUGUCUUAGGUGUAAGUAUUGUGUAAAGUUCCAAUCUUUGUGGAUAUUUGCCGUCUUAGAAAAAUCCCAUUUGGUUUUCUGGUUUUGUGAUGUGUAAGUUUUUAGGUGCAUUGCAUGUCAGAUUGUUCCUCGUGUUUGAUUUUGAAGUCCUGAGUUUUGGGAAUUUGGAAGAGGGAAAAAGAGUCAGGAGUCUGAUGAGAAAUGAGGGGUAAAUUUUGGGAAAGAUGGGCUGUGUAUUUGGUAAGCAGAUUUCAUCUUCAGGACCACCUCGUGGAGAGGUGGUGGUAGGUGGGAAGGGAAGGGAGAAAGAGGGGGAAAGAGAUUUGGCUGUGUCAUCAGAGAGGGGAGAGAAAGUUGGGGUGGUUGGUGGUGGGGAAGGAGGGGGAGGAGGAGGUAGUGGUGGUGAAGUUCAAAAUGGUGGAGAUCAUGAGGAAAAGAAGGAUGGAAGUGCUCGGCCACGUGGUGAGAGGAGGCGGUCUAGGCCGAAUCCGAGGUUAAGUAAUCCGCCUAAGCAUAUUCACGGAGAGCAAGUGGCCGCAGGAUGGCCCUCGUGGCUCUCCGCGGUGGCUGGGGAGGCAAUCAAUGGGUGGACUCCUCGGCGGGCUGAUACUUUUGAGAAACUUGACAAGAUUGGGCAAGGUACUUAUAGCAAUGUGUACAAAGCAAGAGAUUCGAUAACAGGGAAAAUUGUGGCACUAAAAAAGGUGCGCUUUGAUAAUUUGGAGCCUGAGAGUGUGAGAUUCAUGGCUAGGGAAAUUUUGAUUUGCCGCCGUUUGGAUCAUCCUAAUGUUGUGAAGUUGCAAGGGCUAGUGACCUCGAGGAUGUCAUGCAGUUUGUACCUUGUGUUUGAUUACAUGGACCAUGAUUUGGCAGGGCUGGCUGCAAGUCCAGGGAUCAAGUUUACAGAACCUCAGGUCAAGUGUUUCAUGCAUCAGCUACUGUCAGGGCUUGAACACUGCCAUAACCGUCAUGUAUUACAUCGUGACAUUAAGGGGUCAAAUCUUCUUAUUGACGGUGGAGGAGUCUUAAAAAUUGCUGAUUUUGGGUUAGCUUCCUUCUUCGAUCCUAAUCACAAGCAACCCAUGACUAGCCGGGUUGUUACUCUAUGGUACAGACCGCCAGAACUUCUUCUUGGAGCUACGUACUAUGGUGUAGGAGUGGACCUUUGGAGUGCUGGCUGCAUUUUAGCAGAGUUAUUGGCUGGGAAGCCCAUAAUGCCAGGUCGGACUGAGGUCGAACAGCUGCACAAGAUAUUCAAGCUAUGUGGUUCACCUUCGGAAGAGUAUUGGAAAAAGUCAAAACUACCACAUGCAACCAUAUUCAAGCCACAACACUCAUAUAAACGAUGUAUAGCAGAAACAUUUAAGGAUUUCCCACCUUCGUCACUGCCGUUAAUUGAGACUCUACUUGCAAUUGAUCCAGCUGAACGUCAAACUGCAACAGCUGCAUUAAAUAGAGAAUUUUUCACGACUAAACCUUAUGCUUGUGAGCCUUCCAGUCUUCCAAAAUAUCCACCAAGUAAAGAGAUGGAUGCUAAACGGCGGGAUGAAGAAGCUAGAAGACUAAGAGCUGCUGGUCGAGUCAAUGUCGAUGGUACAAAGAAAUCACGAAUGCGUGAUCGUGCAGUGAGGGCAAUUCCUGCUCCGGAAGCCAAUGCUGAGCUACAAGCCAACAUUGAUAGACGGCGUCUAAUUACACAUGCAAAUGCAAAGAGCAAGAGUGAAAAGUUUCCUCCACCACACCAAGAUGGAACACUUGGUUAUCGUCUCGGUUCUUCACAUCACAUUGAUUCAGCCUUUGAUACUUCUGAUGUCCCAUUCAGUUCUAUGAACUUUUCUUAUGAAAAGGAGCCAAUACAAACGUGGUCAGGCCCACUGGGGGACCCUGCUACUAACGGUUCUGCUAGAAGAAAGUCAAAACCAUCAAAGAAAGACUGGCGUACAAAAAAGAAAGAAAAGAUGUAAUAAAGUGUUAGUUUUCAAACUUGCUUGGAGGGAGAACAAAAGAUUAUGCAAAGAAAAUUGCAGAAUAGUGCCUUAAAUCUAGGCUGUUAAAUUGUCAAACUGCAUACUGAGGUAAACUAUCCUUCAAUCCAUCUUAUUCUUUUGAACAGAGGAAAAUUUCAUCUAGUAAUGUACAUGUUUAAUUUUUUUUUUCACUUCCAUUAAUGAAUGCUAUUUAGGUCAGUGAAAUUAGUAAAUGUUCUUCAAAUGAGGGUUUAAAUAUUAGGUUUACUUGUUUACACCAUCAAUUCCAGGAUUUUAGUUACUAUUUUCAGA